UCUGUUUACAGAUGUGCACUUCACUUUAAAGAUUUGUGCUGUUGUCUUGAUCAGGGAGAGAGUAUGUGCUGGAGAAGAAUGAAACUUGACAGGUACUGUACAGUAGCAGCAGCAGUAAACCUGGUGCAUCUCAAAUUGUAUGGUGACGGCGCUAUGGCCUUGUUUUGAAUUUGCUAAGGACAGCCUUUGAGGGAGCCUGCAAAUCAUUUGUUGACCAUGAAGUGACAAGUAUUUCAACAUAUUGGAAGAAACACAACUUUAAAUGUAUUCAGUGACAUUAUAAACGACUGCAUCAGAAAGCUGCCAUGCCAAGGAAACCAAUCCGUAAAUGACAAUGGAAAUAAAGUAUCUGUCCUUUCAUCGAUAGAUUGGUGGCCAGGUGGAAGAACUUGGCCAGCAGUGGCUGAAUUUCCACGCACAGAUGUCCGAAGACCUUUGAUCAGGAGGGAAGACUGCUGCAUGUGUUUUUCAGUUUUGUGUUUUGUGUUUUUUUAUUUUGGUGAUUCGGAAGCUCCCAUUCACACUCCAAGCUGGCGAUGUCAAGAGUGUCGAGUCCCCCUCCUCCCGCGGACAUGUCAAGCGGGCCUGUGGCAGAGAGCUGGUGUUACACGCAGAUUAAAGUGGUAAAGUUUUCCUACAUGUGGACCAUCAACAACUUCAGCUUCUGCAGGGAAGAGAUGGGGGAGGUCAUCAAGAGUUCAACGUUCUCCUCUGGAGCGAACGACAAGUUGAAAUGGUGUCUGCGAGUGAACCCCAAGGGGCUGGACGAGGAGAGUAAAGACUAUUUGUCUCUGUACCUGCUGCUCGUCAGUUGUCCCAAGAGCGAAGUGCGAGCCAAGUUCAAGUUCUCCAUUCUCAACGCCAAAGGGGAGGAGACCAAAGCCAUGGAGAGCCAGCGGGCAUACCGAUUUGUGCAAGGGAAGGACUGGGGCUUCAAGAAGUUCAUUCGAAGGGAUUUUCUUUUAGACGAGGCCAAUGGACUCCUGCCAGACGAUAAGCUCACCCUGUUCUGUGAGGUUAGCGUGGUGCAGGACUCGGUCAACAUCUCGGGACAGAACACCAUGAACAUGGUGAAGGUACCAGAGUGCCGGCUGGCGGACGAGCUCGGGGGGUUGUGGGAGAACUCUCGCUUCACGGACUGCUCCCUGUGCGUGGCAGGACAAGAGUUCCAGGCACACAAAGCCAUACUUGCAGCUCGUUCACCGGUCUUCAGUGCAAUGUUUGAACAUGAAAUGGAGGAGAGUAAAAAGAACCGUGUUGAAAUAAACGACGUGGAGCCCGAGGUUUUUAAAGAGAUGAUGUGUUUUAUCUACACGGGGAAGGCCCCCAACCUUGACAAGAUGGCGGACGACCUGCUGGCGGCUGCGGACAAGUACGCUCUGGAGCGUUUGAAAGUGAUGUGUGAGGACGCACUCUGCAGUAACCUGUCGGUGGAUAAUGCCGCAGAGAUUUUAAUCCUGGCGGAUCUUCACAGUGCAGACCAGCUGAAGAACCAAGCCGUGGACUUCAUUAACUACCAUGCCGCGGAUGUGAUGGAGACGUCUGGCUGGAAGUCCAUGGUGGUGUCUCACCCUCACCUGGUGGCAGAGGCUUACCGCUCCCUGGCGUCCGCACAAUGCCCCUUCCUGGGGCCUCCCCGCAAGCGCCUGAAGCAGUCCUAAUGCCUACCACCCAGCCCCCCAUCAAUCCUCUCCCUCCUCCUGCACCCCGUCUACCGAACCCCCCUCACCCACCUGAGCCCCCUUUCCGUGUGAGAAAUAUUGUUGUUCGAUUCUUGUGAAUUUUAUCAGAAACAAAAAGGCAAGUUGGCACUGCCUGGAGCCACUGGCCGUUGCCCAGUGCUGGGCCUGUACAAGGUGCCUUUGCAGCAUGGAGAGAGAGAGAGACUUUGCUGAGUGAAGAAAUCCACACGGAGGCUUUUAAAAAGCAGCGCUAGAUGACAGGAGAGGGGGACUGGACUGGAUUCUCAUAGUGACCCGCUGCUUUCCGAUAGUGUGUUUCCUUUAGACGUCAGCUGUAUGGAACGCCCUGCUGUUUGUUUCUUAAACUAGAGUGGCAGAGGAUGAAUUUUAAGGAUAAAGACUGUUUUUAACAAGGAGAAAAGCAUUUAAAAAUAAGAAGUAUAAUAAUACAAAUCAACCAGAGGCUUUGAAGCAAAAACAAAAGCGUAGCGCUGUUUUAAACUUUGCACUACUUGUCCCUUUUUCUGAACUUGUCCCUUUUGUCAAUUGCAAAAAAAAAAAAAAAAGAAAAUGGUUAAGCCAGGAUGCCGACACAACGAUUCCAAAAUGUAACUCGAUUUGUUUAUAGUUUUGUUUCCUUUGAAAAAACAGAAAAACUAAAAAAAAAAAAAAAGUGUAAAUUCAUUUUGUGACAUCUUUGUAUUGCAGUUUCCCUCAAGUAGUACUUGUGUAUUAAAUGGCCAUAAAAACAAAA